UGAUGAGGUUGCAUCCUGAUCAACUUUCUUUGUCUACAUUGAGACGAAAAAUGAUCUUGGUUGAUAGCAAUUGCAGGCAGCUUGAUACUGUUGACGUGCGCUUGAAUGGGAGACAGGAGCAGUUGCCUGUUCUGUGCACUGGGUGUGCUCUGAUAAAUGAUGAUCAUGGUUAAUAGCUGUUGGUUGGGCUGGUUCUGGGGUCCUUUUGCUUUGGGCUGGUUCAUGUUGCUGGGGGUCUCCUGCGCCUUGCUGGUUUUGGGCUGUUCACGUGCACUGUUCAUGUGCACAGCUUGUUUAAUGCUGCUGCUGGCCCUCACUCUUCAGUUACCUGGUUUUUCAGCUGGUCUCCCCCAGCUGUCUUUUCUUAUGGCGUCUGCUGGUUCUUGGUCUGCUGCCUGGCCUUCAUUGCAGGCUGCCACAGUAGCUGGGCACUGUUCACGUGAACUGCCUGGCUCCUGCUACAGUUGUUUUUCUGCCGUGAUCAUGCUGCCUUCCCAGCUGGUUUCAGCUUCUCAUGGAUUUGCGUCUGUCAGCUGGUUAUGGAUCUCUUUCAGCUGCUGCUCUCCUCGUUUUCAGCUGGCGCAGUUAUGUUUUGGUUCCUUCAGCUGCUUUCAUACGGUUGCUCAUGGUGUUCAGCUGGACUCUCAGCUGGAUUUCCAGCGGGUCUUAUGCAGCUAUUUAGCUGGUUCAGCUGCAGCUGGUCUCCUCACCUUCUCUCUGCUGGGGCUCUAUGGAUUGUCUCUUCUGGUUUCAGCUGAACUUUCAGCUGGUUUUAAUGGUUCUCCAGCUGGAAUUGCAGCUGAUUCUCAUCUUUUUUAUGGCCUUUGCGCCUUUGCUUGUCCUGAUUGAAAUAAUUUUGUUUUAUUUACUCAUCUUGCGCAGCUCUUACUUUUCUACUGCAUCUAACCAAGCAAUGCACUGGCGCAUCAUCCACUUCCAUUAAUGAUAGCUGGGCCACUAAUUUUUCAACACCACUGUUACACAUCACAUUGAAAUCUAUCCUCCUGCAAGGAUUUUUUUUUAAUAAGAUGAAGAG